GAGAGCCCCAAAGCCCAAUCGUCUCCUUCGCCUCGCCACCACCACCAACCACGCCUCCGCUGCCACACGAUGGACGACGCGUGGCCCGCGCGGUGGCCUCCGCCUCCGCCUCCGCCUGCUCCGGCGCCGGCGACGGCGACGGCGACACCGCUGCCGAGCCAGAUUGACAGCGCCAGUCUGCGCCACAUCCUCCGCCCCUUCGCCGCACAGGGAGCGGCGCCGCCGGAGCAGCUGGCCGCAAGCCAUCCGAGCUCGCAGUACGGCCAGCCCGCGAGAGCGGCGCCGAGCACCUCGUUGCUUGCUCAGGUGGCUGGGAACCAUCCCCAUGCCACCCAUGUUUCGGACCGGAAGGCGUUGUUUGGCAUGCUCAAUGCAGGCAAUGCUGCUAAUGUCAUUGAUCUUACUCGCGCUUCCCCGCUCGGAGGCGCGGAGCCUCUGCCCAAGCAUCCGAGGCACGGCUUGGAAGCCAGCAGCAGCGUUGAGCAGCCCUCCUGCUUGGGGCCGUUGUUUCAGAACACAAGUGCAAAUGUGCAGGGUAGUUUUCCAGGGGAAUGUUCAGUUAACAAUGGGAUAUCCCAAGGCGCCAUCCAGUUUCAGGACUCGAGCACAUGCGCAGUGCAGAAAUUGCCAUCCCAAUCAACCCCUCGCCAUCAUCCUGCGCUUCUAGGGGAUCAGAUAUGCGUCUCCUGUCUGAAUGUUGGUGGUGAAUUCUUUGUCGGUGAAGCUGGGAUUUUUGGAGUUCGUUGCUUUUGUCACCGGCUGAGAAUGUCUGUGGCUAAGUUCUGUGAGCAUUCAGGAGGACCCGCAGAAAAAGCUGGUGAAAUUGUCAUUAUGGAUAAUGGCAUGACUAUUGUACAAUGGCUCAAGUACUGCAUGGGGGUUGGAGCAUCCAUUUCUGACACUAAGUGGGACUGGCCAGAAUGGGCAUAUAUGAGAUAUUCUUCAGAAGAAUACUGGACUAAAAGUCUCCUUACAACGAACAAUAACAUGGAAAAAACAGGGCUAUUCAGUGGACAUGGAAAAAGCACUGGACAUAUAAACAAUCCAGUUUAUUCCAGUGAUAUCCACAAUGAGGUUGGACGAUUCACUUCUGUUGAGAAGCUAGUGAAUAAGCCAGAUGAAACAUUUUAUAGAAAGAGUGUCGGUUUACAUGAAGCUUUCUCAAAGAAUCCAGCUAUACAGCAGAGUUCGAAAAUAAACUUAGCAAAUCAUAUGAUCCAUGACAUGAACAUGAACUCUAUUAGCAGGCCAAGUGAACGAACAUAUUCAACAGCAAACAUGGGAAUAACUUACAGUAGAAAUCAUUUGGCACAUGAUUAUGCAAACUUUCUGGAGAAAAACUUAAAUAACUUGUCUCGUAGUCCUGGUCCUAGUUCUACAAGAGUUUUGAGCAAUGACAGUAGGGCAUGCAUGCCUGAUGUACCUCACAAAAUAAUUCAAGAUGGUUCAGGUAGAGCAUCAAACACCGAACUGAAGCUGGGGCAAUCAUCUUAUCAUCAAUCUAUGGCUACCCUAUUUCCAUCGGUGCAGUCGACAAUAAUCGAAUUUCAGAAACCUCAGCACCACCUGCAAUUCACAACUCCAAAAUCACUUGGUGCAGAUGCUUAUCCGAAGCAAACUACCAAAGCCAACAAAACUAUAGAAAACAUUGAGCCAUCAUUUGGUACAGGUAAUAGGAAACGAUCACUUGAUGUUUCUAAUGGAACCAGCCAUUCUGAACUCAAUGAGAUUACAGAUGAUGCAGCAAAGAAUUCAUUUAUUUCAUUAUUUCUUUCACAUCUUGAGAGAAAUAGUACAUCUGAGUCCAUUGAUGAUGUUCUCAACAGUAAUGAGCAUUACCUUCUUAAGGCUCCAGAUGUUGCAUAUAGUUCCGAUCGUUUAAAAACUGCAAGUACACAAGUUGAGACAAGGGCAAAUGAUAAUCAGUUGAAGUUGGCACCUGCCAUUAUUCACACGAAAAGGAUAUCAGAUAGCAGGUCUCUUCCAGUUCCAGUGGCUUCCAAGGGAUAUGUUCAUCAAGAUGUACUUCAUGCAAAUAGUCAAGAGCCUUUAAUAAAUGGGGACUGCCUGCCACAUUUGCUGCCUAGUCAACCUAACGCCGGAAUCUCCAAAAUUUGCGCAGAAGUUUCUUCUCCAGUGAAUUGCAGGUGUUGUAAUCAUGUUGCUGACAAAUCCCAUCUUGCACAUUCUGAGACUGGGGCUCCCUGUUUUUAUGAUAGAACGGCCAGGAGAUAUAUUUCUUUUGAAUGUGCUGAUGACUUGUGCACACAUAAAAGUUUGAGAGCUACCAAUUAUCAGUGUGGAAGAGCCUUUUGUUCUACAGCUAAUGAGUUUCUACCUAGCUUUGGCCAAAAUGAUCAAUCGCCAAUAGGAAAAUCAAUGCAUAGAUGCUGUUGCAAAGCUCAAGAAGAUUCUUCCAAACUUGGUUUUAGAGCUGGCAAUUUCUGCCGAUCUCAUUUCUGUAAUGAUGGCACUCCAGUUCCAGCCCAUAGGUCUAUUGUUGAAGGGCUAGAUGAAGUGCGCACCCGCUCUACUUUCAUACCAAGAUCCUCAUUAUGUUCUAGAGAGCUUAUGUUGCAGUCCUGUUGCCAUGCAUGUCCCAUUGAUGGGUACUACAGAAGUUCUAUGGGACACACAGCCAACAGCUUGACUAAGAACACUCUGCUUGAUGCACCUAAUAAUACAGAAUGUAGUCCUUACCGGGAUGGAAAAUGCUGCUGCUCUUUAGCCCCAAAAUGUUUGGCAGGUUAUGGAUUUACAAAGCACUGUGUUGCUAGAAUCGAUCAAACUGAUCAUACAGUACAAAAGAGCAAGGAUGAUGGCAUGCAAGCUGCUGCCAGAUGUUGCACGCUAGGGGAGAGUGAAAAAUUAAUAUGCCAGUGCUCAAGCGAGAUAAUUGCUAGAAAAAGCGACUCUAAAGCUUCUUUCCAGAAUGAGGUCUCUACUGAAGUAUUGAACCGACCUUGUGUUCCUACAUUACAGCAGCUGAAGAAUGUAACAGAAGCAUCGGCUGUAGGUGGCCAUUGGCCCUAUGAAACUGUAAAAGAGAAAGCGAGUGCUUGUAGAGAUUCUGGAAUAUUUAAAGAACUAAAAUCCGGUUUCUCUUCUGGAUUCUCCAGCGAUGUUGUGACCAAGUUUUCUGCAUCACCUGAAUUGAACAAGUAUGGUCUUGAACACAAAAAUCUUGUGUUUGAUGAAGGGUCACGAAUUGAGAAAUGUUCCUCAUCCAGCUAUUUGCCUAUUAGUACAGGAUGUGAAGAAGCCCAAAAUAGUUUUUCUAGAUUUCACCUGGAGCCAUCUUUAGUGAAGCACAAAAAUAAUCAAAUUUCUGAGGGAAGUACACGGAAAGAACAUGAGAAUGAGGGACAAUGUUCUGAAAUGUCAAAGAAAACACGAACAUUGAGGUGCUGUGCAAACAAAUCAGAAUCCGAUGAUUGUACUAGGAAAAUUGAUCUGUCAUCCCGGGAAGGGGAUUCUCAACCGCAGCAUAAGGCUGGUCCAUUUUCACGCAGAGUAUCAAAAACCAAGAGGAAACAUCCUCCCACGCAUCUGAAUAAACAUGUGAAACGGCUUCACAGCAACUGCAAAGUUCUCAAUGUUGACAAUGAACGGUCAGAUGAUGAGGGCAUUUAUGUUGGAGAAUCAAAUUCCUCUGAUAGAAAAAAGCAAGAAGAUAAUAUGACCACUUUGGAUAGAACAAAAUGCCAACAGCAAGGGAGUCGAUUGCUUGUCCGCAAACUGCCAAAAUAUGUGUCUCUGAAUUGCAUUGUAAAUGAAACUAACAGUGAAGAUGCCUGUAGUGGGAGUGCCAGUAUUGAUUCUAGUUUGAUUGCUACAGGAAUAACUAAUGAUAAUCGGAAAUCUCCCAAAAUUGUUCCACUCAAUCUGAUUCUUAAAAAGGCUAAGAGAUGUCAUGCUAUCAAACCCCUCAGUAAGACAGAAAAUAUCCAUUUUUCUGAGGAAAAGAGUUCAGAUGGUUCUGCAGAUAAAUCUUCCUCUGGUGACAGAAGUUUCAGUCCACAAGAUGAACUGUGGUCUCCCAAAAAGAAUAGGUAUUCAUCUAAUGUCUCGAGGCCACACGUCAAGACUGACUGCCAAAGUCCCUGCUGUGUACUUGAAGAAGAUGAGCCUCUUAGCCUUGCAGAUAUGGGGACAAGUCAGCUGUCAGCAUCAAGAAGUAGAGGAAGUAAGAAUCAAAGAGCAUGCAUAUCUCUUAAUAGGAUGGAGAGGUGUGAAGAAUUUACAAAUGAAUCAGCAUGCAGUCCUUGUGGCGAUAAACACGCUGCGGUUCAAGCCUGUGUAACAAAAUUUGAAAGAUAUAUACAAAGGCCUAGUUUAGAUGCUUCAUGUUGUGUUUGUGGUAUCUCAAACCUGGAGCCUUCCAAUCAGUUGAUAGAGUGCAGCAAGUGCUUUAUCAAGGUGCACCAAGCUUGCUAUGGUGUUCUAAAAGUUCCAAGAGGACAAUGGUUCUGUAAGCCCUGCAAGAUCAAUACCCAGGACACAGUCUGUGUUCUGUGUGGUUAUGGAGGUGGAGCUAUGACAAGGGCAUUGAAAGCCCAGAAUAUUCUCAAAAGCUUGCUGAGGGGUAUUGCAACUGCAAAAAGAUCAGAUAAAUAUGUUUAUUCAUCAGGAAAUGUGAACAGUGAGUGUACAAGCAAGUUACAUGGGGAAUAUGUCAGGCAUGAUUCAUUUAAUGGACACAGAUCAAGAAGCUUCAAUGCUAUAUCUUCUUUUGGUAUAAAAGAAGCUUCAAUAGGUAGUGCACGUGGGGACAUUAUCAGCAAGUCGUGGACCUCUAAUCGCAAUUCCAGUCUACUUGGUCCACGAACAAGGCAGUGGGUUCAUGUGGUCUGUGGGUUGUGGACACCUGGUACAAAAUGCCCAAAUACAAUCACAAUGAGUGCUUUUGAUAUAUCAGGGGCUUCACCUGCCAAAAGAAAUACCGAAUGCUCAAUGUGUAACAGAACUGGGGGCUCAUUUAUGGGGUGUCGUGAUGUUAAUUGCUCAGUUCUCUUUCAUCCUUGGUGUGCUCAUCAGAGGGGUUUGUUGCAAAGUGAGCCAGAAGGCGAGCAUAAUGAAAAUGUUGGUUUUUAUGGGAGAUGCCUGGAUCAUGCUAUGCUUGAUCCUAAUCAUGUUAAUCCUAAGAAGGAAUGCUUGAGGAGCAAUGACUGGACAUGUGCACGUACUGAGGUUUUUAGAGGCCGAAAGGGAGACUCAUUUGGUGCUAAUCGUAGCAGGAAACCAGAAGAGAAGUUUGGUGAGUGCAGUGUUUCCCAAGAACAGAUCAAUGCUUGGAUACGCAUAAAUGGAUCGAAAUCUUGCAUGAGAGGACAGAAGGAAUAUGUCCACUACAAGCAGUUAAAGGGAUGGAAGCAUUUGGUAGUGUACAAAUCUAGCAUUCAUGGGCUUGGUCUCUACACAUCGGAGUUUAUUCCACGUGGCUCUAUGGUUGUACAGUAUGUUGGUGAAAUUGUUGGGCAAUGCGUUGCUGACAAAAGAGAGAUUGAAUACCAGUCCGGGAAACGGCAGCAAUAUAAGAGUGCUUGUUACUUCUUCAAGAUUGGAAAGGAACAUAUCAUCGAUGCCACCCGCAAGGGUGGGAUCGCAAGAUUCAUCAACCACUCUUGCCAACCAAACUGUGUCGCAAAAAUAAUCUCAGUAAGGAACGAGAAGAAGGUAGUGUUCUUCGCGGAACGCCACAUAAAUCCGGGGGAGGAAAUUACCUACGAUUAUCACUUCAACCGAGAAGAUGAAGGGCAAAGAAUCCCCUGCUUCUGUAGAUCGAGAGGCUGCAGGAGAUAUCUGAACUAAGAUAGUGUACUUCGGUCGUAUGUUUGUAGUGCUGUUUAAACAUUGUAAUGUGCGCACUGUAUAUAUGAAUAAACUGUAGGGACUUAAUCUGGCACUGAUAAUUUAGACAUCCAAACUUAAAUUUAGAAUGGAUUUAGAAUUAAUUUA